CGGCGCGUCCUGCGGGAGGCGCGGAGCCGGCGGAGUGCCCGAGAGCGGCUUCUGGCCCCGGAGUGGCUGCGAUGCGGGUCAGGAUGAUCUCGGCUGCCUCCGUCCUCGUCCUGCUCUUCCUGCCCUCGGAGACCUGCUCCCCGCUGCAGUGGCCCCGGGCUCCGUCCCGCAGGCUGACCCUGGCCCCCCAACUCACCUGGGAGCCCUGGAUGGGAGCCCCGAGAGCCCCGGUCCCCGGCACCGAUGUUCUGCCCCAAAGACUGUGCCUGUUCCACGGGGCAGAGCUCGCCCCGGCCCCCCGAGCCCGGCGGGCGCUGCAAACCGGCAAGAGGCGAGACGGAAAACCCAACUCGCUGGAUCUCACCUUCCACCUCCUGCGCGAGUUCCUGGAAAUGUCCCGGGAGGAGAGACUGGCCCAGAAGGCGCUCAGCAAUAAGCUCUUGCUGCAGAGUAUAGGGAAAUGAGGGAGGGUCGCUGGAGGUGGGGGAAUGAAGGAGACCGACCCCGUAACAAGACACCACGGCGGAGCGGAGAACGGGGGGGAUGCUGUGGGCUGCAGCCGCGCCCCGCGAGUCCCCACCUUGCCUGGCAGUGUUGCUGUCACUGCGUCCCGCGUGUCACUGUUGUGCAUUAAAGUCACAGUCGUACCUGC